UGGUAUGUCUGCUUCCAAACAUGGCGGCCUCCAAAUGUUUGUUUGACAAGAAGUUUACCAAGCACUUGAGCCUUGAGCCUUGAACUUUCAUUCCGGUCAUUAUCUUAACACAACCCAUGUCACACCAGCAGCGGAGGCUACUAGCAACCUAGUAUCGUCAUGCACGGAAGCUACGUGUACGUGUAGAAAUUUGGUCCUCGAAAUGGCUCUCUCGUAUGUGUUUACGCGUCAGUCUCUUUCCUCCUACCUCACGUAUGGGUACUUGGGGUUGCUAUACUUCCUCGAGGGCGUACCCUACGGCAUGCAAGACAAACUUCUUCCUCAGUAUUUGAGGUCGGAAAAUUUCUCUUACGGAAAGGUUGCUCUUGCACGAAUUCUUCUUGUGCCCUGGGUUUGCAAACCGCUUUACGCUUCAUACAUCGAACAGCGUUGGACGCAAAAAAGAUGGCUGCAAACAUUCCUAACUCUUCUUACGGCUGUCACCUGCUUCAUUUCGUUUCUGGAUCAAUCCACAACCGCCUUAGUAGCGUCAUUGCUGAUUGUUAACAUUCUGUCCGCAUGUUUAGAUGUAUCCGUCGAUAGUGUCGCAAUGGACUUGCUUCAUGGUUCACAACUUGCCAUGGGAAACGCAAUUCAAGUUGGUGGCUAUAAAGUGGGAGCCAUUUUUGGUGGUGGGGUUUUGCUUUUUCUGCAAGUGUCUUAUGGCUUUAAAGGGGUCUUGCAAGGACUUUGUAUAAUGUACUCGCUCGGGCUGGUUGUGGUUACACUAUGGAAACAUACGUCGAAUGAGAAGGAACUGGAAAAGAGUGGCAAAAUUGACGGUGUGCGCAAGACUACCACAAGGGAGAAGAGAAGCGGAACACCAAGCGAUAAAGGGGGCGACGGGAGCGUUGAUGAUUCAGCCGAUUUAAAACGUUACGGCAUUCUGCAGAGGCUCAGGUGGGCUAUUUCAGUUGAAGGAACCUGGGGCUUGCUUGUUUUCUUGGCACUUUACAAGUCUGGGGAAUAUGGCAUGGUCACAACGUAUCCGUCGUUCUUACUGGACAGAGGACACUCUUACGCAGUGAUUGGAGUCCUUAAUGGCUUUGUUGCUCAAAUUAUCUCACUCCUUGGGACGUUGUCUGGAGUGCCUCUUUCACGCAACUUGAGGAAGAACAAAUCCAAUUUGUUCUGGCUCUGUGUCGCACGCCUGGUGCCCUCAAGUAUAAUUGUUGCUACAAACAUGGGCUUCCUUUCCGCAGCUGCUGACAUGUAUGUAGGAGUAGCAUCUCUGCUCCUCCUCAGUGCCAUCAGUGGAAUGAUCACAACAAUCGCAUUCACCAUGAUGAUGGCAUGCUCUCAGAAGACACCUCGUGGCUUCAAGUCAACCCACUUUUCACUGUUGUGCACGGUGGAAGUUUUAGGGAAGCUGGCCUUCUCGGUCUUAGUUGGACCACUCGUAGACACUCUCGGCAAAGCCCCAACGCACUUUGCGAUGACGCUCCUAAUGGGCGCAUCUGUCGCGACGGUUAGCUUCUUGACGUGAAGGCGACAUUCAUGUACACGUUAAACUGAAAGGUGUUCAACACAAUUUCCACUUUCUCUGUCUCUGCUUCCCAAGAAGGGUGACAAUGCAGAGUGUGCUCUCAUUGGUUUCCUCAAGCAAUUUGCCCAAUCAUCACAGGAGACCGUUUGAAGAGACCAACCCGGUGAUUGUCCGCACUUUCACACUUGUUGAGAAAAUGAAAUGUGUAAAUUGUGCUUUCUUCAGUCAUAGAUGAUAAGCGGGCCAUUGGCAUCUUUGAAGUAUCUUUCACGACAGUUGAUGGAGAAAUGGUUUGAGGAAACCAAUGACAGCCCCCUCCGCAUUGUCACCCUUCUUCAGAAGAACAGGGGGAGGGAAAGAGUAAUUUGUGGUUUCCUUCCACGGAGACAUUCAAAUUUAAGCAUCUGGCAACUGGGAACAUCUUUUCUCUGGGCAUUCUGCAAUGCUGGAACCCACGAAAGCCUGAGUCGGAUGUGCCGUGCAAGUCAAUUCCGUGGCGGACGCAGCUCUGUUCUGUGGUGCACCCUGGUGGAGUUAAAAGUAAAUAGUUACUGCUUGAGGUGCAUGAUCUCAAAUCCAAAUGUAGCAGAGAGUAGUACAACGAAACAGUGGCGGAGGCGUCCUUUUCUCCGCCUUUUUUGGGCAUUUACAGGGCUUGCUGUACGUGCAGCGCAAACACUCGGUACCCCCGGGUUGAUGCAUGUGGGGGAACCUUCCUUGCUCCGCCCAUCCGAAGUCGCAAAAUACGCGGUUCCGCCAGAGCAGAAGCUCUUUCAUCCCAUCACCAAAAUGUGCUCUUGCUUAUUAUCCUGCACAGAGCCUCCACAGUUUGUUGACGAGCAUUCCUCUUUAAUUAAUUAAUUUAUAGACUGUAUUCAUGAACGAUAUGGGAUAGUUCAGUGCCAGAAAACAAAUCAGCAAGUGACAUUAGAGGGGCUGUGAAAGCCCUCUCCAUAAUGCUUCAGUUUUUGGCUGAGACAUUGCACAACCAGUGACAAGAACAAUGAUCACAGCUCACCUGCAGCGCUUACGAGGGGUAUUUGAGCUGCACGCCCUCUAGAAAACACUUUUCUUCACAGAAGGUGUAAGUGAAUGAAUGGCGCUGACGUCACUCCUUGACGGAAGAGGUAGUCCGCCGCAAGCAGCGCCGUGCCUUGUCCGUAGCCGACACAUUUUCAGUGCGAAAUGAGACGUUGCCGCCCCCCCCCCCCCCCCCCCACACACACACACACGCACGUAGAUGCUACAUCAAACUGACCUAGUUGCCAUAUUGUCUGGUGUAUUGCGCAUGUGGCAUACAUAGAGCCUGAAGUUUUCGGGAAAUAUUUUUUCCUACAUUCGGGGGGUAAAAAUCGGGUAAAUAAACAUGAGCACUAAAUUCAUGCAAAUUCGGAUGAAAAAACUUCCAGUACGCUAAAUUCGGGGAGAAAUCGGGCUCAGUUAUUCAAACUAACUGUAGCGGUUUGGUACAAACGGUGAUGUAACUGCAUUUUUCUGCCAAAGAAGUAAGUUAGUGCAUUCCAACAAGACAUCCCAGUGAGGGCAAUUUGCCGGGUAAAAAUCAGGUUUCACCCUAAAGAGGCAACCUUCAAUUCGGGGUGCAAAUUCGGGGAAGAAUCGGGUGAAACCUUAAAACUUUAGGCUCUACGCAUACAUAGUAAGACAUCUCCCGAAGAGGCAAUGCGCGUGUUAUAUACCGGUGCACGUUAUGCAUGGGAGUUUUUCCUAUAACAGCGGCUUCUACAAAGACGCCGUGCUACCUCCACUCUCCAGCCUUGAUCCAGGCGCAUGGCAGAGGCGUAAAUCGUUCGUUUUAGAGCCGUGUUUGAGAAAUAUGGGGAAUGUAGACGGUGAGCAUGAGUAGCGGAAAGAGGCGACAGGCAUGCCGAGGUGGCGAUGUGGGUCCAAGGAAGAUGAGACGACUUCGGGAUGUCGGUGAUCCCCAUCUCAUUUCAGGAGGCUGGCGUUGUUGAGGAGGAAUGUGAGAGCGGUGAGGAGACUGAGCUCUGCUACGCAUCAAAUCUGUUGGAUCGGACUUUGCUAAAAAUUGCAUCCGCGAUAUGUCCAAUAGUAACUAACUACACGCGACCCAACAGGCUUCCAUCACUGUGGACACUAACGGUAAUGUAGCUGCAUGUUAUGCAUCGAUGAGCAUUGUGCAUUUCCCAAAAUUCCGUCAUAUUUUCGGGUUGCACAUUAUACGCUGGAAAAUACGGUAUGUCUUGUCAGGAGAUUGUGCCAGUCGUCCAAGGUAGCGGCGACCCGCUCAUGGAUGCUUUCACGGGGCGUUUUUGCAAAUUUUUGCAGUGACAAUACCAGUGGUGUUCACCCCCCCCCAAAACGUCAGUUUAUACAUUGGAUUUCCCUCUCUCUCCCCUCCCCCACUACGCGCUUCGACAAAGGAACCGCCCCCCCCCCCCUCCUAAACCUAGGGUACUCGAUCUGCCCCUAGACAAGACACUGGAGAGUGGAAAUAUUUUGCACGGUGGCUCCGGUAGACUACUUGAAUUGAAUUGAAUUGAAACUUUAUUUUACAUUGUAGCAUGUACAAUGUGGGAGGCCCAGUGCAAAAAGCUGCAAGAAGCAGCUUGAUGAAUGAAACAUGCUUUCGAGCAAAUCUAAAUGUCACCCUGCUGCUUUAAUAGAAUACUGUGUUCCUUUUAACUAGAACCAAUUGCUCAUUAUUGCAAAAUUUUCAGGGCAGUUCUACAGCCCCGAUAUAGGUUCAGGUGCUCCGACACCAUUUCCUCAAUUUAUGCCGUUUCAGCAUUCAGGUCACUCGGUAACCUUCAAUCAGUCAAUCAAUCACUUCUUUUCCAUCAUGUGAUGAAAGGAGGACCGAGAAAAAGUUGGAAACCUUUUGGACUCCCUUAGGCUAGGUUGAAUCAACUAAAGCUAUUUUCCGCUGGCUUCCCGAUUUUGUAACACCUUUUGCAAAUCCGCACUUGAAUACAUAGAUGCAGGCUAAAUCCCAGCCGUAGACAUCAGCAACCUGGUGGCAGAGUACAAGUUUCUUAGUCUUCUGAGAGGGAUGUUAAACACUACACGUGUCACAUGUUGAGAUUCCAAUGUACAUUAAAGAACCUUCAAGUGGGCAAAAGUAAUUUGCGGACCAACCACUGUGGCGUUGCUCAUGGUCCUAGCUUUCUUGCGUUGUAACGCAGAUAACCACGUCUCUGACUGACUAAGUGUUCCAUUAUGGUGGUCAGUGGUCACAGACUGUAUAACAUGUGUGACAUUGCUCAUCCUCUGUCAUAUGCUAUUAAGUAUAUGUAACAAACCAAAAUGCUUAUGUGAUCACAAUGUUUGCUGCAAUAAGUUUGAAUGUGUGUGCGUAUUCGAUGCUUGUUUCAUGUGCCUUGCAUAGAUACUGAUGUUGCUUCUGUAAACAUCUGCAUAGCUUCGGGAAAGGAAAGUACCUAGAAGUUUUGCAAAUGACUGCGCACAAAUCUGGGCAUUUAUAUUUCAUGCAACAGUAUUGGACCAGUCUUCUUCACUGAGAGCUCACGAGAGCUCACAAGUGGAGCGCGUUUUGGACCGAAUUAAUUUUUAGCAGGUUAGCAUUCUUGCAGGAGAUGGAGAUUAUCCAUGCUCAUGUAAAAAAUAUGAAGCUCACCUAUACCCAUUGUUUUGAUCACACUUUUGAGACAGACUUUAUGCAUACCUGCCUAGACAGGCAGUAUUGUGGCUCAAAUAUAGUAUUUUUUUUUUACGGAGCAGCAGCAACGAAGGCUAUAAUGUGGCUGAAGUGAAGAUAAAAAAAGAGGCCGUUACUACGCUACUCCUGUUCUAAUGUUAGGAAUCUAGAGCUGUUUUUACAAUCCCGGAAUUUCAAAAUGUGGAUCCCGGGAUGGGAUCCGGAUUUUUUCGCAACUAUCUCCAGAUGUCGUGUAGGACAGUAUCCUGCACAACCAUGCCAUCACAAAUUGCGAUACAGCGCAUGUUUCCUGUCAUCUCCACGGAACAUUCCAGUGGAAGAAAAAGAAAAAAGGAAACAAAAAGCAGCUCACAGAGCAAAAGCCGUGUCACCUAUCGUUCUUUGCAUUGAAAUGAGUCUCUUCUUGUCGUAUGCUAUGAAAUAUCUUGUAGCUGCACCCAGGAUAAUUUCUGCGGUUAGCAGUGCACGAGAAGAUAUGACUUUCAGCAAUUGUACUUACGUGGCCGCUAAAAUCAACGACGUCUUUCGCAUCUUCUGCUGGAGCAUUCUGAGGAAUGUCACUUGUGUGAAUACAUGGGAUGGUGUGUUUUGCUCUUCUCCCCAUUCAUACAUCCUCGGUAACUGUUGUGUUCUGGUGUCUAGCGGAGUCUAGUUUUCUGAAAAAGGCUGCCUCAAUUUUCUAUUUUCACUUUGAGAUAUACGUAUUCGUUAGGAUCAGAAGAACAAAAACAGAGAUUCUGCAGUAUUUUGUGUAGCCUUGUGAAUUGGAAGACUCCUUCUGAUUUCAUAGGAGUUUUAAUGCUACUUGAGGGCAGUUUUCCCACUAUGGCUAGCGUGGUUCACAUGAGUCAGCAGGUAAGGUCGUUGCCUUAACCUACCCCAGAUGCCCGGAGGAGAGCACUAGAAUGCAUGGUACUGAUUUGAGAAGUGUGGCAAAUAAAAAAAUGGGAGCCAUUGA